AUGAUUUCAUCUAAUGAGAUAUUGAUUUAUUGUUCGAAUCUAGAUCACAAAAACUGCGUUUAAUAGGUUUGCUUUAAUCUUUUUUGCAAAAUAGGAAGAUUAUAAUGUGUAUAAUGCAUUAAAAAUGAAGAACACUCUUCACAUCCUGAAGAUUAAUAUGAGAUUGAAGAUAUGGUAAAAUAUAUUUAAGAGAUUCAAACUAAAUGUGAUGAACUAGUUGAUAAGUUAAGUUCAUAUGUUUACCUGAUAGAAGUUGAACUUAAUAUAUUGAAAUAAGGUUUAUUAAAUAAAUAUCAAAUUCCAAUUAAUAAAUUAAAUAAGUUAAAGAAUAUAUAAAUCAAUGUUGCUUUCGAUGAAAUGCUGAAAUUUUAAGAAUCAACAAGCUUAAUAACAUAAAAUUUAGAAAAAUUUACUAAUGAAUUCAUAAAUGAAUUAAAAAGGAAUUAUGAUGAGUUAAGAUUAAAAGAAUUAAACUAUUUAGAAUUAGAUAAAAAAGAGCUUUAAGAAGCAGAAUAAUUAUAUAAAUAAGGUAUUUCAAUUAAUAAAUUUGAGGUUAUAAUCUACGAAGCUCUAAUAAGUAUGAGGAAGCACUCAAUUUCUUAGAUUAAUCAAUAGCUUUAAAUCCAAAUCAUUUGCUUGCAUUAUCUUGUAAAGGUAUGAUAUCAUUAUAAAUUGUAGCUUAUUGUUUAAGAAUGCUUAGUAAAUUUAAUGAAGCAAUUAUCUGGGCUGACAAGGCAUUAGCGUUAGAUCCAAAACAUUUAAAUACAAUAUAUGUUAAAGGUAAAAUUAAGUUAAUUUUAGCACGAUCAUUAUAUUGUCAACUAAAAUACACUUAAGCAAUUAAAUGGGCAGAUAUAGGAUUAUAGAUAGAUCCUAAUCAUUAGAACUUUUAUGAUACAAAAGGUUUCUUUAUAAAUUAUAAUUUAGUGAGGAGUUUAAUUUUAAUAGGUUAAAACCAUGAAGCAAUAACUAUGAUCAAUAAAAUUUUAUCCAUCAACCCUGAAGAUGCAAACUUUUUAAAGUUAAAGGUUGGUUGAAUUACUUCUUUUUAGGGCUAAUCAUUAAUGAAUUUAAAAUAAUAUGAUGAGGCAAUCUCAUUUUGUGAUAAGGCACUAAAAUAUGAAAACAAUGAUGAAAUGAUUUACUAUAUAAAAGGUAUAUUUCUAUUUAAAAAAUAAGGAGAGUGCUUACAAAAUUAAUAAAAAUACCAAUAAGCAUUAAUAUGUUAUGAUUAAGCUUUACAAAUUUAUUCAGAAGAUAUAACUAUAUAAAAUAAGAAAGGUAUUUAAAUAAAAUUAAUAGAAGCUGAAUGUUAAAAAUUAUUGAAAAUGUAAGAUAAAUGAG